UGACUUCAGUGUUGACAAAGCAAGUUAACCGCCGGUGAGAAGCAAAUGUUCUCGGUAAUGGUCACAUUGUUUUUCCAGCUGAAUUGUCCGAUAUUUUCUUCACGGAUAUCUCAGAUGGUCUAACUUCUUCUUUUUUCUGAUUCCGUCCUGGUGGUUUAUCGCUUUCUUCGACUGUUUUUCUAGCUUUUGUUCGGGGAUUUUUAAAUUAGUUUCUGACAUGUGAUCAUUGUCAAAGGUGAACAGAGGUAAAAACCAGGAAAGAUUGCUACUACUGCUGUCGGUAUGGACAUCCAAGAUGAGAGGAGAAGGCUGCUGGAUGCCGAGGGUGGAGAUCCAACAGGACUCAUGUCCGAGCAAGAUGCUUAUCUGAGCAAAGUGAAGAAUCGAAACUUGUACCUUGCGACACUUGCCUCUGUUCUGGGUCCCAUGAGCUUCGGGUUCGUGCUGGGAUACAGCUCUCCCGCCAUCCCCGAACUCACCAAGAUUGAGGACUCUCGGCUGAGACUGGACGAUAACCAGGCUUCCUGGUUUGGGUCCAUAGUGACGGUGGGAGCAGCGUUGGCCGGGCUACUUGGUGGCUGGAUGGUGGAGAAGAUUGGCAGGAAGGUCAGUCUGAUGUUAUGCGCGCUGCCAUUUGUCUCCGGCUUCACCAUCAUCAUCGCGGCGCAGAACGUGUGGAUGUUUUACGUUGGCAGAAUACUGACAGGCCUCGCCAGCGGCAUCACCUCACUGGUUGUCCCGGUGUAUAUUUCUGAGAUGGCACAUGAAAAGGUCCGUGGGACUUUAGGCUCCUGUGUGCAGCUCAUGGUGGUGAUAGGCAUCAUGGGAGCUUAUCUUGGAGGUCUCUUUAUGGACUGGCGUUGGUUGGCGAUCUGCUGCUCCAUCCCACCGACGCUGCUGAUGGUCUUUAUGUCCUUCAUGCCUGAAACGCCCCGCUUCCUGCUGUCACAGGGCAAGCGAAGGGAGGCUGUGGAGUCACUGCGCUUCUUACGUGGACCAGACGCUCCUGUCGAAUGGGAGUGCGCCCGCAUUGAGGAAGCAUGUGAUGAGCAGGGUUCUAAAUUCCAGCUGUCUGACCUGAAGGAUCCUGGUGUCUACAAGCCUCUGGUGAUUGGCAUCAUGCUGAUGAUCUUCCAGCAGAUGAGCGGAAUCAACGCCAUCAUGUUCUAUGCUGAGAAUAUAUUUGAACAGGCACAUUUUAAGCAAAGUGACCUGGCGUCAGUGAUCGUGGGUCUCAUUCAGGUCGUCUUUACUGGAGUAGCAGCGCUUAUCAUGGACAAGGCUGGAAGGAAAGUCCUUCUCAUUAUCUCAGGUGUUGCCAUGGCCAUCAGCACCACAGCAUUUGGAGUUUACUUCUACCUGAUGUCCUUACUUCCAGAACCCCAUGGUGACCUGGCCUGGAUGGCUCUGGCCAGCAUAGCGGUGUUCAUCACAGGUUUUGCUCUCGGUUGGGGUCCGAUCCCGUGGCUCGUCAUGUCAGAGAUCUUCCCAGUGAAAGUGAGGGGGUUUGCCAGCGCUGUCUGCGUCCUCACCAACUGGAGCAUGGCAUUCGUCGUCACCAAAAACUUCCAGGAUAUGAUGAAUCUUCUAACCAGUGCAGGAACUUUCUGGCUGUUUGCUUCUAUGUGCAUCCUGAAUGUCAUCUUCACCAUGGUCUUCGUCCCAGAAACCAAGGGCAAGACACUGGAGCAAAUUGAAGCAACUUUCAGAGGGAUGUCAGGUCCCUGAAGAUGCCACAUGUAAAGACUAAAAGACAAAACUGCUCAUUUCUGAACUCACUGCUCUACCUGGGACACUGUGUGGGUAUUCUUUGUUAUUAUUAACACUUUAUCACCUUUGGGUAUUACAGAAACAGCUGAAAGAAGUAAUCCUUCAUGAAGGUUAUGAUUUUCAGUAUUUGUGUAUGAGGCAUUGAUUCGUCUGUUGUUCGUGAUGCCAUUGAACUGUAAUGCAUCAGUGAGGUUCUGCCAAAUUUGAGCUGUUUUCUUGUGAAAUCUGUCUGGAAUCCUUUAAUGUAAGAUAAUCUGAUAAGGCAAUUAAGUGCAGUCCUUUCAGUUUUGUGAUACUGAGAGUCUACAGAGGGGACCAGAUUCAGGCUAAAGGGGGGCUGACUCCAUACUGCCCCCAGUUGUACUCUUUCUUGCAGUUCUGAUCAGUAAAGACAAUUUUGGCAAGUUUUCCUCAGGACAGCAGUUUAGCAUGAAGUUGGUAUUUACGAACACAGCACAGGCACAUAUAACACACCGAGGGUUUUAGUAAUGGAUUCCAGUGUUGCCUUCCCUAUAAAAUGAAAUGCCAAAAAUACAUAUAAGCUACUGUUUUUCCCUCUGUUUGUUUAAACAGAGCUUCUAAAUUUAGCAGACAGACACGUGCAGUGACUUCUUCCGGGUCAUUUAGGGUUUUUUUCCAUUGCUGGAUAAGAAUAUUUCCUAUUGUUCUAAGUCUUUUUAAGGACUCUAGCAGAAGACAGAACAAAAGUAUAACAUUUUGGUAGAAGUGAGUCAGCUGUUUACACUAAUUUACCUGUGUAAUUUACACCAUCAGGGAAGAUUUAUGUGAUGGCAUUGUUCUUUUGGGGGUUUUUUAGCUGUGAACUGUAAAAAUGUCUUUUUUCUUUUUCUUUAAAGUUUUAUAAUCAUUUUUCUUUUGGGAUACACUUGAAAAAUGUUUUAAACACACAUUAUAUGACUUAUACACCCUUGAGGUUAUGAUAAAGUCACAUUGUGAAGUAGUGACUUAUGUUAAUUAAAUAUCACCUUUUCUUAAACAUAUUGUUUUUGUUGAUCACUCUACUGGAAAAGAAUAAUAAUCAUGUUUUUGUUUUUGUUUUUUUAUUUAGUUUGUGAUCAAUAAAGAUGUUUGUAUUAAUGUGUUUGUGUAUUCUUUACAAAUUCAUUGUGAAUUUCA